CGGAGAGACACGUGAUCUGCUCUGUCUGUGGCUCCUGACAGUCGCUGGAUAAGCUCAACAGGGAAACCAGAUUGCACCUUCUCUUCCACAAAGAUAACGGGAUUUUCUCCCCGAGCAACCCACCUACUCCAUCCAGCGGUUUAAUUUUUUUUUUCCCCUUUAGUUUGUCUUUUGUUUUUGGACAACGGGAAACAAACUUCCCAGACUGGAUUACUGAAGGUAAUUUUACCAGUAGCACUGUCAGGUUUUUAGUGGAGUUAGAGUGAAAGUGGACCCGUCUCUCUUUUUUUCUCUGUGUCUCUCACGCUGACGCUGUGAUUCACUUGAAAGCAGAUCUUGAUGUGAAGGUUUCGCCAGAGAGGAUUUGAGAGAGCUUUGGAACAGAGGACUGCCUUGUCAGACAGGCUGCUUCUUUUUCUGAUGUUACCAGCCAAGGUGGCUAUACAUGGCAUUUUUUCAAGUGCUCAAGAGGAUGCAUGGUGAAAACCUUCAAGCAAGGCUUCCAGUUACCCACCAAAGAAUGUUGGCAUGAACAUGAAGCUGCCAUUUCACCUCAAGUGAAACGGGGCACACUCCAACUGGCACCAGAAGGGACAGUUCCAUAAUUACAUAAAUUAGACCAAGUGUGCCCAAUGGAUAGUUGAAUCCCUUUCACUUUGAUCUAAAUAGCCAUGGCAGAGAGGACCUUUAAACAGUUCAGACUAUUUUGGCGUGAACAGUGAGAGGUUUGGCCAGUGGCCUGGACGGUGUGAGGUAAUGGUAUUUGCUCCAGGAAAUAAGUGUUGGCCAAACCUCCUGCUAUGCAAAUAUAUAAUAGCAUUUAACCUUUUCUUUUACAAUGCAUCAAUUCACACCUCUAUAUCCAUGUAGACAGUCAGUUAUAAGCCAGUCUACUAUUCCACAGUCAACCCAGCCUACACACAGUUUGCUGAAGUAGAAGUUAUUAUAAUUAAACUCAGCUCUAUACAUCCCAGUCCAUCUACACAGAAUCUGUUCACACACAAUGGUUUUACAAAAGCCACAUGGUGCCCAUAUCAUAUGGGUUGGGCUGCUUAUUUGUUGCUUGGUAGAAAUAGGCACUUGCCUUGAGUUUUCAGGUGCUGAGGGUCAGUGGGCUAGGUUCCCAGUGUGGAAUGCUUGUUGUGAAAGCGAAAUGACUUUCAAUAUGAAAACGAAGAGUUCCCAUGGGCUGCUAGUUUACUUCGAUGAUGAGGGAUUUUGUGACUUUCUAGAACUUCUCAUACUAAACGGUAAACUCAGCCUUCGAUUCUCUAUCUUCUGUGCUGAACCUGCAACCGUCCUAUCUGACACAGCGGUCAAUGACAGCCAAUGGCACACAGUUACAAUACGGAGAAACUUUAAGAACACAACCCUAAUAGUGGACAAUGAGAUGAAAUGGGUGGAAGUGAAGUCUAAAAGACGGGAUAUGACUGUUUUCAGCCAUUUAUUUGUUGGCGGAAUACCACCGGAAUUACGAUCAGUGGCUCUACGACUUACAUCAGCUGCAGUCAAGGAUCAGCCGCCUUUCACUGGAUGGAUAACAGACGUAAAAGUCAACAACACGGAGUCGUUAAUGAUCAACAGUGAAGGGGUAUUAAAGGACCUCUGUGGUACUGCCAACAUGUGCUUAAAUGGUGGAGUCUGCAGUUUAAUUAACAACGAACCAACAUGCGACUGUUCUCAGACGGGGUUCCAAGGAAAGGACUGCAGUGAAGAAGACAACUAUAACGAAGGUCUGGCACACCUGAUGAUGGGCGACCAAGGUAAAAGUAAAGGGCAGAGAGGGGAAGCUUGGCUUCUAAGGUCCCUGCUGAGCAUUCAAGGAAAAGAAGAGUAUGUCGCAACCUUCAAAGGAUCUGAGUUCUUCUGCUACGACUUGUCCUUGAACCCGAUUCAAAGCAGCAGUGAUGAAAUCACAUUGUCAUUCAAAACCCUGCAGAGGAAUGGACUGAUGCUGCACACGGGCAAAUCAGCUGAUUACGUCAACCUGGCACUGAAAAAUGGGGCUGUCUCACUCGUCAUUAAUUUGGGGUCUGGAGCCUUUGAAGCUCUGGUGGAGCCAGUCAAUGGGAAAUUUAAUGACAAUGAUUGGCAUGAUGUCAAAGUAACAAGGAAUCUACGUCAGCACUCAGGCAUUGGACACGCUAUGGUAACAAUAUCCGUGGAUGGGAUUCUGACCACCACUGGAUAUACGCAAGAAGACUACACCAUGCUAGGCUCUGAUGACUUUUUCUAUGUUGGAGGGAGUCCUAGCACAGCUGACUUGCCCGGAUCCCCAGUUAGCAACAACUUCAUGGGCUGCCUGAAGGAGGUUGUGUACAAAAACAAUGAUGUAAGGCUUGAGCUGUCCCGGCUGGCAAAACAGGGAGAUCCUAAGAUGAAGAUCCACGGUACUGUGGCCUUCAAGUGUGAAAACGUGGCCACUCUGGACCCCAUUACAUUUGAGACGCCAGAGUCUUAUAUCAUCCUCAACAAGUGGAACGCUAAGAAGACUGGUUCCAUUUCCUUUGACUUCCGCACUACGGAGCCCAACGGCCUUCUCCUCUUUAGCCAUGGCAAGCCCAAGCAGCAGUCAAAGGAUGCCAAGAGUCCACAGACUCUCAAAGUGGACUUCUUUGCCAUUGAGAUGCUGGAUGGACACCUGUACCUGCUGUUGGACAUGGGCUCAGGAACCACAAAGACCAAGGCAGUCAAUAAGAAAGUGAACGAUGGAGAGUGGUACCAUGUGGACUUUCAGCGAGACGGACGAUCAGGUACCAUCUCUAUCAACACCCUCCGAACUGCCUACACAGCCCCCGGAGAAAGUGAGAUCCUGGACUUAGAUGACAAUCUCUACCUCGGGGGUCUGCCAGAGAACAAAAUGGGCCUGGUGUUCCCCACCGAGGUGUGGACAGCACUGCUCAACUACGGCUACGUGGGCUGCAUUCGGGAUCUGUUCAUUGACGGACAGAGCAAGGAUGUCCGUCGCUUGGCUGAGAUCCAGAAAGCUGCCGGGGUCAAGCCCUCCUGCUCUAAGGAGCCUCCGAAACAGUGCUUGAGCAACCCCUGCCAAAAUAAUGGGAUCUGUAGAGAGGGCUGGAACCGCUAUGUGUGUGACUGCUCUGGAUCUGGAUACCUGGGUCGCUCCUGUGAAAGAGAGGCGACCAUCCUUAGCUAUGAUGGCAGUAAGUUUAUGAAGAUCCAGCUGCCGUUGGUAAUGCACACAGAGGCCGAGGAUGUGUCGCUGCGCUUCCGCUCCCAGCGAGCCUAUGGCAUCCUGAUCGCCACUACUUCCCGGGACUCUACUGACACCCUGCGUCUAGAGCUUGAGAGCGGCCGUGUCCGCCUGACUGUAAAUCUAGAUUGUAUCAGGAUUAACUGUACCACCAGCAAAGGUCCCGAGACUAUUUUUGCGGGUCAGAAUCUGAAUGAUAAUGAAUGGCACACAGUUCGCGUGUUCAGGAGGGGCAAGAGUUUGAAACUGACCGUAGAUGAUCUGCCAGCCGUGGAAGGUCAAAUGGCAGGUGACCACACACAACUGGAGUUCCAUAACAUUGAGACGGGUAUUGUGACAGAGAAGCGCUUCAUGUCCAUGGUGCCGUCCAACUUCAUUGGCCACAUCCAGAGCCUCUCCUUCAAUGGCAUGGCCUACAUAGACCUCUGUAAAAACGGUGACAUUGAUUACUGUGAACUCAAUGCCAUGAUUGGCUUCAAGAACAUCAUUGCAGACCCUGUCACCUUCAAGUCGCGCUCCAGCUAUGUGACCCUCACUACUCUACAGGCCUACUACUCCAUGCACCUUUUCUUUCAGUUCAAAACCACCUCUUCUGAUGGUCUAAUCCUGUUCAACAGUGGAGAUGGGAAUGACUUCAUCGUGGUAGAGUUGGUCAAAGGGUACCUACACUAUGUGUCCGACCUGGGAAAUGGAGCCCACUUGAUCAAAGGUAACUCGAACAAACCUCUGAACGACAACCACUGGCACAACGUCAUAAUCUCCAGAGACACCAAUAACCUUCACACCGUCAAGAUUGACACCAAGAUCACCACCCAGACUACCACGGGAGCCAAAAACCUGGACUUGAAGGGUAACCUUUAUAUCGGUGGCGUGGCUAAAGAGAUGUAUAAGGAUCUGCCCAAACUUGUACAUGCCAAGGAGGGUUUCCAAGGUUGUCUGGCAUCAGUUGAUCUGAAUGGGAGGCUCCCAGACCUGAUGUCAGAUGCCCUGGACUGUGUGGGACAGAUAGAGCGAGGAUGUGAAGUUGCAUUGAUGAAAGCUGACUUACAAGGCCCCAGCACAACAUGCCAGGAGGACUCGUGUGCCAACCAGGGUGUGUGUCUUCAGCAAUGGGAGGGCUUCAGCUGUGAUUGCAGCAUGACGACAUUCGGAGGACCACUGUGUAAUGAUGCGGGAACAACAUACAUAUUUGGGCGAGAUGGUGGACUGAUCACAUACACGUGGCCCCCAAAUGACCGUCCCAGCACGCGGGCGGACCGACUAGCCAUCGGCUUCAGCACACACCUGAAGGAUGCUGUCCUAGUGCGGGUGGAUAGCUCCUCUGGUCUCGGAGACUUCUUGAAACUACACAUUGAAAAAGGAAACAUUGCUGUUGUAUUUAAUGUCGGAACAGAUGACAUUAAUAUUGAGGAGACGUCAAAGUUUGUAAAUGACGGAAAAUACCAUAUAGUGAAGUUUACGAGGAGUGGGGGUAAUGCCACUCUGCAGGUGGAUGACCUGCCAGUCAUUGAGCGCUACCCCACAGGCAACAAUGAUAACGAACGCCUGGCGAUUGCUAGACAGCGAAUCCCAUAUCGACUUGGUCGAGUAGUUGACGAAUGGCUACUCGACAAAGGGCGGCAGCUUACAAUCUUCAACAGCCAAACUACUAUACAGAUUGGGGGCUGGGAACGAGACCGGAGUCGAUCCUUUCAGGGCCAGCUUUCAGGUCUCUACUAUAAUGGCCUGAAAGUGUUCAACAUGGCUGCCGAAGGAGAUCCCAACAUUAGGAUCCAGGGCAGCGUUCGGCUUGUUGGGGAGUCACCCUCCUCUAUCACACCACAGUCAAGUACCACAGCUAAUCGCUCAGAGACGUCCACAUCAAUCAUGGAGAUCACCACGACCACAGCGUCCAGCAGGCGAGUCAAACAGACGACGCCACGAGAGCCUCAGCAGACAACCGACGACUUGCUGGUGGCAUCAGCUGAGUGUCCGAGUGAUGAUGAGGACAUUGAUCCCUGUGAGCCGAGCUCAGGUGGGUUAGCCAGUCCCACUGGCGCGGGACCAAAGGGUUACCCAGGCCCAUCUGAGGUCUUCAGGGAGUCCAGCAGCACAACAGGGAUGGUGGUCGGAAUUGUAGCAGCAGCUGCGCUUUGUAUUCUCAUCCUGCUUUACGCAAUGUACAAAUACCGGAAUAGAGACGAAGGCUCAUACCAUGUAGAUGAGAGUCGCAAUUACAUCAGCAACUCAGCGCAGUCUAACGGCACCGUUGUCAAAGAGAAACCAGUCAACACCGCAAAGACCUCAAGCAAGAACAAGAAGAACAAGGACAAGGAGUACUACGUGUGAUUGUCAAAGCUUUGGUCUGUUCUAGACCAACUUAAACAUUUACGAAAAGACAAAUCAGGACAUGACCAUGUGUACAGUAUAAUAACAAAGAUGAACAAGAAAAAAAACGUUAUUUAGUCAUUUUUCCUAUAUGACAAUACUCUGAAAAGUAAACAUGAGAAAAAAUAACUUUCUUUAAUUCAAGAACUUGAGUGAAAUGACACAAAGAUAUAUUGUCCAGAAAGAGACUGAAGGAAAAAUGGCUCUGGUAACCAGUUAAAAUGAACUGAACACAUAUCUAACAUGUCAACCAAACAACAUUAACCCGUCUGUGACUUGUUUCCUCUGCCAGAAUGGUGUGAUCUAGCUCCUUAGUUUCUGGUAAACAGAGGAGCACAGAUACACUUUACAAAGGGAGAAUCAGCAUUACAAACUUAAUGUUUUCAUUUACAUUGCCUGUGUUUGUGUUGUUGAGACUUUUUCUAGAGAAAAUAACACAAAGCAUAAAUACACACAUAAUUACGCCAAACAUUUACUGUGGAUAAAGAGAAAAAUAUCAGGUGACAGGUAAUUCAGAGAGAUAAAUCCCUGAUGGAUGUCCAAGGAAUCAGCCAAAGUACUCACUUUCUGAAGAGGCAAUGAUGGCCAGCAAAGACUAAUACCUGGCUGACUGAGCUGCCACAGUGCAAAGAUAAGAGCGGAUUGCGGUUUCUCUUGAAAGACGAUGUUUUAAAAGAAGAAAAUGUCCAUUGUGCCAGUAAGAAAUCUGGAGGCCUUCGUUUUCACAUGGUGUGAACUCAAAGGAGCGAGUUCCCUCAAAUGUGUGGGGAUGUCUCAAAAGUGAUCAUUUGGGAGCCAUGCACGCAAAAUUAUCUUACUACAGUACAUAUGUUUAUAUACAGUACAACCACAUCUAUAUGUGCUUUCUGGACUGUGACAAAGUGGUGUUUUAUAGCCUGUUGUAUAGAUGAUGCAAACUAUAACUGCUCCUCGACCAUUUUGGAAUAAAACGAGAAAAAAAAAAAGGACAAAAAGAAAACAUAAGUGUUAUUAAGUGUUGCUAGACAUAGAAAAUUUUAUGAAGACAUCUGCAUUAUUAUGAUUUUUUUUUUUGUUUUUUUUUCAGUUGGAUAAUUUGAUUCUCUCCUAUUUUUACAUGUGUUCCUAUAUAGUUUUUAUACAAAUGCCAACCUGAGAUAAAUGAUCCCAGACCAGUAGUAGCCUAACCUGUCCCAAAAAACUGCACAAGGUUGAUAUUGGAGAGGCAUGGCAAGGCAAGAUGUGUGGCUCUCUUUUUAAGGAUACUGGUAGAAACACUGCCUUCCUCCUCAAUCCUGACUUACAUGAGUGAGAAUGAACACCGGGAAUACAAGUGAUGAAGAUGAUGAAUGAUGCUGAUGACAACAAUUAAAAAAAAAAAAAAAAAAUUCCUUGCUGUGUGUGUUCCAAAGUGAUAUUCUAAGAUUGUCCAAUGUGUGCUUGGGCUGAUGCAAAAACUGAGGAGAAUAGCUCAAAUAAGUCUCCAUUUCAACUGUUCUGUGUUUGUUCUGUCAUUCUGUCAGUCAAUUCUGCUUUCCAGAGACCUGUACUUGGAAUGAGUAUGAGGAAAAAUGACCAUGAUCUAUAAAUGAUGAUUAUAAAUUCUUUGUUUGCUCA